AAAUGGACGCAAAUCACAAUACCGUAACGUUUUUGUAGAUGGCUACCACACUUUGUUACUGUAGAUAGUGGAGCUCGGACGUGUGCUGUGUAAAUUGUUCAGUGUUUACGUUUGUUGUGUAUGUGGAGUUCCUGCUAAACGUGUGUACAUGUAUCACAACCGCUGUAAAGGGAAAGGCUUCCGUUUUGUAAUUACUAACGUAAUUCCGACUAUGAUAAACAACAUAGGAUUAUUAGUACAAGGGGAUAUACAUGAAUUAUUAUACUGGAAGGUUUGAAAAAGUGGAUGUUCUACGGACCACCUGUCAAAGUGUGUGUUCACGGCGACUACCUCGCGUGGUCUCUCGGGGAUCUUCAAACUCCUAUCGCCGAGAACAGCUGUUAUCGAUCUCUCACGGAUUGAUUGACGAGUGAUUAGAAUCGAUAUUGAGUGAUUGAAAAGAAGUCAGGUAAAACCAUACCUGUAUUCUGAUACAGAGAUACGACUCGGAAGAAUUCACACCUGAUACAUAGGUAAACAUUGACUGCCUGCAGGGCUAUCACGUCUUAGGUAGGAGAUCUAGAUACGGAAGAAAAGUGCCCUCACUCGGGGUGCAUCAGUCGCCAUGGAGAUACGGGGUGAACCAGAUUCUCAGCUCGACCCCCCGGGGUCACUGGCCGCACCCACUGUUCAGGGAUUACCUAGGGGUCGGACGACCUCCCGGACACAAACCGAGGGUUGUGAUAUGUCGUGUCUACGAAGUAGAUCACUUAGACAACAUUGUGUAUACUUGUGGUGUGUAGUGUUCCUUCUUGCCAUUUUGGAAUGUUCAGCAGACACCUACCACGACAAUGAAGUUGCGAUGGUGAGUUACCUCAAGCGCUAUGGAUAUCUCAAGGGCGCAAGCACAGAAUUGACACAGAACCUGAUGUCACAGGAAGAUCUCACAGACGCCAUCAAGAGGUUACAAAGGAAAGGCAACUUAAGUCCGACUGGAAUUGUGGACCUGCGGACGAUUGCUUUGAUGAACAGAAAGCGAUGCGGUGUCCCGGAUGAAGAUCAGUAUACGGAAGACAAUGGACGACGCCGGAAACGUUAUGUCUUAUCGCAUUCAUCGUGGGAUAAAAAAGAUCUAACUUACAGAAUACUUAAUUACACGCCUGACAUGCAAAUGAAGGAAGUACGACAAGCGAUAAGCGAGGGAUUCCAAGUGUGGAGUGAUGUCACUGACCUCACGUUCACGGAGCGUCCGAGUGGAGUGGCGGAUAUCAUGAUCAAAUUCGCCAACGGUUAUCAUAAAGAUGGCUACCCUUUUGACGGGAAAGGGUUGAUCCUGGCUCAUGCGUUCUAUCCAGGAGCAGAUAAAGGAGGCGACACACAUUUUGAUGAUGACGAACACUGGACCUAUAACUCUCAGGAAGAAGGAGUGGAUUUAUUUAUGGUUGCCGCCCACGAAUUCGGACACGCCCUUGGACUGGGGCACAGUAACGAGCCCGGGGCCCUCAUGUAUCCUUGGUACCAGGGCUAUCAGGCAGACUUCCAGCUUCCGCCUGAUGACGUCAUUGGUAUACAGACACUUUACGGAGCCAGAACUCGUCUACCUCCCACCAAAGACCGACACCCAACCCCUCGUCCUCCGGAACGCGACAUUCCACGAGUUCCCCGUCCUCGACCUCGCCCUCGCCCUCGACCUCCAACGCACGAGCCCUUGACGCCACGCCCUCCUCACAAGGGUGAUGAUAUUGAUCCUUGUACCACGCCAUUCGACGCCAUUGCUGUGCUCCGGGGAGAACUCUUCCUAUUUAUCGGCGAGUACUUCUGGCGACAGACGGAUCAGGGAUUGAUUAGCCAAGAGAAGAUAAGUCUACAUUCCUUCUGGAUGGGUCUUCCUCACGAAGUCGACCAUAUAGAUGCAGUGUUUGAGCGAAUCAACGAUCAGAAAAUCAUCUUCUUUAUUGGUGACCGCUACUGGGUUUACAACAGCAACUCACCCGUGUCGCGAUUCCCACCGGAAGGACGCCCAAUCACGGAGUUCGGAAUUCCUUCUGACGUCAAGAAGAUCGAUGCAGCCUUUGUAUGGAGCUACAAUUCCAGAACCUACCUGAUCAGUGGCGAUAUGUACUGGAAACUCAACCUCGAGAACAACCACAUUGAGAUGGACUACCCCCGCGAUAUGAGUAUAUGGCGGGACGUCCCAGUCCCAGUUAGCACGGCAUUCCAAUACCAAGCAGGUCCUAAAGACAAAGCGAAAACCUACUUCUUUAAGGACGACAAGUUUUACUUGUUCUAUGACGAUAAAAUGCGCGUGAAGCAUGGGUACCCGAAGGCAAUACGUGACCACUGGUGGGGCUGCAAAACACGGGUGGCCGAAAUCACCAGAUAUGGAAACGCGGAAGAGCACACCGGAAAUACAGCCAACAGGGUCGCCACUGGACUAUUUACCACUGUGAUAUGUGUAUGUUUAUCCUUCCUCGGGCGAUAAACAAAAGCUUUAGUAUUCAUAAGAUGAUCAAAUCUGAAAAUAUGAAAAAGUCGUCUGGCUUACAUUAGAUGUGAAGUGAAAAUCCGGCACCCAACAUGCAGGAUUGUUUUGAUACAAAGUAUCAAUUUGUGUUGGUAUGCAAAUAUUUUUGUAUUCUAUAGAGCUGGAUAUGAACACAGGUUGUGUAAGCUUGCUUAUGGCGACUGGGUUUUCCUGUCCCAUACAGAAGAUUUUGGUAUAGAAGUAUCCUCACAUAACACCUUAAGUUAGCAAUAUUGGUGUCAUUUAUGUGUCAGAAGACAACACAGACACUGCCAGUUACAGAUAUGACAUACUAAAACACGAAUAUAAGACAUUUAAUUAUCGGUAGCUAUAGAAUUGAGUAUGGAGAAUGACUUGUAAGAUAAUAUAAAUGAAAAAAAAAAAAAUCGGAUCGAAUUGUUAACUAUGGCGUUGUUCGCAGACAUCUUGGGUGGUCUAAAUAUUUACAUGAUUUAAAAUCAUUGUUAUAACUAGAGGGGUUUAUAGAACGCACUACUCUCACAUCUCAUAACUAUACUAAUCAUUCAUCCAAGUGUGGAGCAUCCAUGUACGCACGAUACCCAGAUAGUACAACAGGUGUCGCUGUCCAUAAGGGACAGGAGGCUUUGUCCGGUGUUGACAAGUAACUUUGUAGGGUAAUGACAUGUGUCAUAAGGUCCAUUACAGACACGUGACAUUACACAGUGUUGAUAUGUGACACCAGGUCCGUUAUGGACAGGUGCCAUUCAGUAUCGUCCUUUGUCAGUAGAUCCGUAAUGGACAGGUGUCGUUGUACGACAUUGACACGUGUCAUUAGGUCCCUUAUAGACCGGUACCAAUGAACGGUAUUGACAUGUGUCUUUAGGUCCCUUAUAGACUGGUACCAAUGAUCGAUAUUGACAUGUGUCAGUAGGUUUGUUGUGGACGAGUGUGGUUCAGUAUUGAUAUGUGUCAUUAGGUCUGCUGUUGACAGGUGUCGUUCAGUUUCGACAUGUGUCAUUGGAUCCGUUUUGGACAGUUGUCAUUUUUGGAUACAGCCAUCUGUCCUUAGGUCCGUUAUGGACAGUUAUUCAUAUUCUGUCAAGGCAAUUGUUGUCGUCAAUAAAAACCCGGUAAAAGUGUCAGCUUUGGACACAUGUCAUUGUUUGAUAGUGUCAUUGUUCGGACUGGACUGGUGUCGAGGUUCUGUAUAGAGAUAUUUAAGUAAUGUAUAAGAUUCUUUUCGAAACAAAAAUAACGGUUUCAACUUACAUUUCGUAGACUCCUUUUAUCCGAACAAGAUGCACCAUGUAAACAUUAAUGCUUGUGCUAUAACAGUCGGACCAGGUGUUGUGAUUACCCUGCACUAUGCAAUGUUGUCAAUAAAAAACUUGAUAUCGUUAGUCUUAGCACCACUUCCCUUACGUAGUUCUAGGACUCGGAUAUAGUAGAGCGCACGCAGAUUGCUUCUCCCGUGGCUAUGUAACCUACAGUUAAUACACGUACGCUCUGACGUCACUUACAAGUGUGCACGUGUUUAUUCAUUCCAGUCACCUCCAACAAUCUGUAAUGGUGACCUUUCACCUUUUCACAUCGCGAUCCUCGCAACCAUCAUUAAACCAGAUUAGGUUCUGCGCAUGACCACGAGUCUCCCUCCCUCCCUCACUACUGCCUUUGUAGCAUAGUCUGUAUCUAUAGUCCCCGUCCCCCAGUCCCUGUCCCCUAGUCCCAGCCCUAAUAUAUAACCCCAUUCAUGUAUCGUUUAUAUUUGAUACACGUCUUUACUUCCUCACAAAGUCUUGCCAUUUUGUUGCAAAAUGUAAUAACCAGUGCCAUUGUCAUGAUAAUCAUUAUUUUCAUAAACACAAACGGUUGUGAUUUCAACAUGAUAUGUUAGAAUUACUAAGUCUGCAUGUAUUUUGUAAGAAAAAAAUGUGUCACUCCUUUAGUUAUAGUAGUGCCUCCUCGUAGCUAAUCCAUAUAUCGAUUCGCUUAUGAAAGUGAUACGUCGUAAAAAAUUAAUGACUCAUUCUAUACCAAUUUAUCAUUACAAAAAUACAUCACAUGUUUUUUUCUCUUUUCAAACAAUUUCCUUUGUUUUUAAUUAAUAUUCUCAGCUGAAGACGACAUUUUGUAGUGUAAGAUUGACUUCAUCGACAACGAGUAAUUGCGGAUUUAGAAAAAAAUGAUUAAACAUAGCUGAUUUGAGAUUAUUGAUAUAAUUCCUACCCGGAGUUGUUGAUAAGGAACAUAACUCUUAAUAAAGUACCGCCGAUAGUGUUACUCAGUACCUUACUCGCCGAUGUCAGCAUUUUUACUCAAUACAUGUCAUAUUUUGUUUGCAUUUUAUUUAUUGAUAAUGUUAAUUUCGUUUGGUGCCAAUUAGCUUUUCAUUGAGUGUUUGAGAAUUGUUUGUUUGAAUGUUUAAGCUGAGCGUUGUUGUUGUUGCUGUAUGCUGAGAAACAAAUAAAAGACAAUUCUGGUCUAUGUUA